GCCAAGGCCGACGUGGUGGUCCUGGACCUGCCGGUGGCGGGGCAGAGCCAGGGCCCGGUGCCUGGUCCCGGGCUCCACACCCAGCUGCCCACCGCGCCUGCUCAGGGACGGCCUCCGGCCUCUAAGAGGCUCCAGCUUUCCCUGCACAGCAUCUUGGAUGAGGACUGGGCCAGGAAUCUUUGCAGCGUGUCUGCGGGCCUCCCAGAGAGAGCCCUGGCUGGCAGGGCGAGGCCAGCAGAGGCAGAGAAGGCGAGCUGCCCCCGGCCCCGAGAGGCUGGAGCAGGUGGGCGUUCUCCAGGGUGUGAUGGGAGAAGCCCCCCACGGGAACCGCCACCCUCACUAGGCUCAGCCCCUGUUCGGGCGAGAAAGAGAAGCAGGGAGUGUGAGACCUGCUCAGAGGAUGGGUUGGGGGCUGGUCAGAGCCCUGGUGGGGACAACCCCCAGUGGGUGGGAGACCCCCCCCAAGGAGCUGACUUGGAGUCCUUGGGAGGCCCCUGCAGCCCUCUUCCUCCCAAGGACACGGGGUCUGGGCCAAGAGAUUCGGGUGGAAGUUGUGUGGGAUGUGCCCGAGGGGAGGAUGGGGCCCAACCAGGCAGCCCCUACGGCCCUGUCCAGUUCCCACUGCCCAGUGGCGGGCUGUCCCUCAGGCCAGCUGCCCAGGAUCCGCCCCAGAGCCCCGCACCGUGCCCGGGAGUGUCUGGGAAGGCGUCCACAGGGCAGCGGGCAGCUGAGCAGGUCGUUGUGGGGGCUGGCGGUGAGGAUGGCCCUGCUGCCUCACACAACCGGGAGGAGCUGGAGGUCAAGGCUUGGCCAGUGUCCAGGGGGAGGCCCGGGCAAGGACUCCCUGCUCUCACUGACACCCCUGCCGGCUCCCCAGAGUCUGCAGCCAGCAAGGCUCGCUCGGGUCCAUUCAUGGGGCAGAGAAGAUCCAAGUGUGCUAAGCUGGGGCGGGGCCCAGCGCCCCCCGCCGAGGACCUGGGCGCAGACAGAAGCUCCGACAACCUCAGCCACGACCCGCCGGCGGCAUCCCGCCCAGGAGGCUUCCCCAAACUGGAGGAAACGAAGAUGCCCCGCGGGGUGAAGCGUGUGUGCUACCUGGAUUCCGGGGAGGUGAUCCACCUCCUGGGGGCCAUCAGCCACGGGCAGGCAGGGGGGUCGGGGCCGCUGAAGCUGGAGGCCCUGGAGAACAUGAUGGAGGUCAGUGCAGCCUCACCUGCCCAGAGGCCCAGGAGGAAGAUAAGGCGCCAGGCCCACGGCCCCACUUGGUGCCAGGAGGGGCUUCCUGAUGUUCAGGAGGCCCGUGCGGAGUGGCCGGGGUCCAGUCCAGUGGAGUCUGAAGAGGAGGAGCCCGAGGAACAGGACUGGGAAGAGGACUCAGCUCAGCUUCAGCUCCAAAAGGACAUUGGGGUACGGCACACUGUGGUCCGCGUCAUGCGGAAGGUGCUGUGGAGUCGCCUCCGGGAGCUCCCAGACGUGGCGCUGAGUAAGGAGGUGGUAGAGGGCAUCGCUGCUGGCAUCGAGGCAGCCCUCUUCGACCUGACACAAGCCACCAACUGCCGCUACAAGACCAAGUACCGCAGCCUGCUGUUCAACCUGCGCGACCCCAGGAACCCCGACCUGUUUCUCAAAGUGGUUCAUGGCGAUGUCACCCCCCACGGCCUGGUGCGGAUGAACUCAAUCCAGCUGGCCCCCCAAGAGCUGGCCCGCUGGCGGGACCAGGAGGAGAAAAGGGGCCUGGAGAUCAUUGAGCAGCAACAGAGGGAGCUGUGCAUCCUUCCGACCUCCAAGCUGACCCACAAGGGUGAAGUCGAGAUCCUGCGGGACACGGACCAGAUGCUGACCCUGGAGGACCUGGUGAGACCCAUGCUGUCCAUAGACUGCAGCCCAUUGGCCCUGCCUGCCAUGUCAGAGGACUCCACGGAGCAGCAUGAGCACCACUUCUUCGACCCCAGCUGCCACAUCUGCAACGGUUACUGGAAGCCCUCGUGUGAGCUGCCAGGCCAAAGGAGGGUGGAGGACAAUGUCAUCCAGAGAGCCCCAAGCCCAGACCCUGUGUCCUCUCCAGAGAUUCCCCAAAUCUCGGAGAAACCUCCCAUGGAGCCCCCGGACAGGCGGCAGGUGUCUGCAGGGCCCACAAAGCCCCCCUGGGAGGGGGCUGUGGCCAUGUUCUCCAUCAAGCAGUUCCGGGUCAAGGCCCAGCUGGUCUCAGGACACAGCUGUCAGCUCAUCAUGACCCUGCCCGAGGUGAUCCGCUCAGCAGGCUGCAUCCCCUCCAGCACCAUCUGGAACCUUCUGGCUAGCGUCUGCCCAGCCAAGGACAAGGACACCUGUGUGGUCAGGCUGUGCCCCCAGGGGGCUCGGGACACCCAGAACUGCCACCUGCUCUACUCCUACCUCAACAACAAGCAGUGCCAUGGCUUGGCAGCGGUGGAACACGUGAGGGUGGUCCUGCUGCCCCUGCCUGCCUUCCAGCCCCUGCCCACCAGACUGCGCCUUCUUGGAGGCCCAGGACUGGAAGCUGCUCACCCAAGCCUGCUGCUGGCUGUGCUGCUCCCCACAGCAGGGUUUCCAGACACAGCGGAAUCCAGCCCCUUGCUGGAGAAGGUUCGCAAGGUGGUCUCCUUCAACAAAAAAGUGGAGAUGAGAUGCUACCAGCGGAAGGACAGGAGGCCGGAUGUGGCCCCGAAGGGCUCCCCUCCCCCAGGGGGCAAAGGCAGCCUGGCUCCAAGGGGAAGCUGUGCUGGGCAGAAGCCCUCUAGAGGCAGGGGGAGACUGUGGGAAGAGGCUGAGACCUGGCGGGGGCCUGGACGAGGGGAGUGGCCCACAAGACCGGGCUGGUGCCAGUCCCGGCAUCCCUCUUCAGCACCAGCUGGCCGGGGCCAGCACCUCCACAGGGCAUCCUGUCCCCAGCAAGCCCUGCUCCAGCAUCUUGAAUCCCUGGUGACAAUGAGCCGCCAGCUCCAAGCCUCCCUGAGAUCCCCAGGCCAGGAGCUCCUUCCCCAGCCCCCUGCAGCCGGUGGAAUUCUUGGACUCCUAUCCCGGCCUCCGGCAGCUCCAGAGCCCCCUGGCCCAGCACCCGACUCCUCUUUGGGCCCAACAGAUGGAGCUGGCUGUGAGUGUCCUCUCCCUGGAGAGACCUGA